CCUAGUUGAGUUCCAUGUUACGUUCCGACCAUCACUCCCGAAGAAAACAGAGAUAAUUCAAAUUGUUGAAACGAUUUGCUGAGUCUGCGCCAUGGCCAUGGCCAUGGCCAUGAGCAUGAGGUUGGUUCCCAGUGAGAAGGGUUUGGUGUCAUCAUGCAAAUCGCUUAGGCAUGUGAAGCAAGUCCACGCUCAAAUCCUCCGUUCCAAUGUGGAGAAUUCAAAAACCCUUCUUUUGGAACUCGUUCUUUGUUGCUGCACCCUCCCUUCUCCUUCUCCUUCAGCAUUGGACUACGCUCUCUCCCUCUUCUCCCACAUUCCAAACCCUCACACCCAUUUCUCCACCCAACUCCUCCGUCACUUCUCUCGCGGUCCCACUCCCCACAACGCCCUCUUCCUCUAUCGCCACCUCAGAAUAAACGCCUACCCUCUCCACAAGUUCACUUUCCCCCCACUGUUGAAGGCUGUCACCAAACUUUCCAACUUGAAUAUGGGCUUGGAGAUUCACGGCCUCGCUUUCAAGUUGGGUUUUCAUUCCGACCCGUUUAUUCAAUCCUCCUUGAUUUCAAUGUAUGCUGCAUGUGGACGCAUUGUUGAUGCCCGUUUGGUGUUUGAUAAAAUGUCGCACCGGGAUGUCGUUACCUGGAAUAUUAUGAUUGAUGGGUAUUCCCAGAGUGGUCUUUAUGACCAUGUUUUAAAGCUUUAUGAAGAAAUGAAGACUUCUGGGACGGAGCCUGAUGCUAUUGUCCUUUGUACCGUGCUUUCUGCUUGUGGGCAUGCUGGAAAUCUAAGCUAUGGCAAAGCAAUUCAUGAGUUCAUCAAGGAUAAUGGGCUUUAUGUUGAUUAUCAUUUACAGACUGCUCUUGUUAACAUGUAUGCGAAUUGUGGUGCUAUGGAUUUGGCUAGGGAAGUCUACGAUCAGCUUCCGGGGAAACAUUUGAUUGUUUCUACUGCCAUGCUUUCUGGGUAUGCGAAACUUGGAAUGGUUCAAGAUGCACGCUUUGUAUUUGAUCAGAUGGUUGAGAAGGACUUGGUGUGUUGGAGUGCUAUGAUAUCUGGUUAUGCUGAAAGUGAUGAGCCUGAUGAGGCCAUUCGGUUGUUCAAUGAAAUGCAACGGCAGGGAAUAGUGCCUGAUCAGAUCACGAUGCUGAGUGUCAUUUCUGCUUGUGCUCAUGUUGGUGCACUUGUUCAAGCGAAAUGGAUUCAUAUGUAUGUUGAUAAAAAUGGGUUUGGGAGAGCUCUAUCUGUCAACAAUGCCUUGAUUGAUAUGUAUGCCAAAUGUGGGAACUUGGCCAGAGCGAGAGAGGUAUUUGAGAAUAUGCCUAGAAAAAAUGUGAUAUCUUGGUCCAGUAUGAUCAAUGCCUUUGCCAUGCAUGGGGAUGCUGAUAGUGCCAUUGAUCUCUUCCACAGGAUGAAAGAACAAAAUAUUGAGCCCAAUGGGGUUACGUUUAUAGGUGUCCUUUAUGCUUGCAGUCAUGCAGGUUUGGUUGAGGAGGGCCAGAAUUUCUUUUCCUCCAUGAUCAAUGAGCAUGGCAUUUCUCCCCAACGUGAGCACUAUGGCUGCAUGGUGGACCUUUAUUGCAGAGCCAAUCUCUUGAGAAAAGCUUUGGAGCUUGUUGAGACGAUGCCUUUCCCGCCAAAUGUAAUCAUUUGGGGAUCCCUUAUGUCUGCUUGUCAAAAUCACGGUGAGGUUGAGUUAGGGGAAUUUGCUGCCAAACAGCUUCUCGAGUUAGAGCCUGAUCAUGAUGGAGCCCUUGUGGUCUUGUCAAACAUUUAUGCUAAAGAAAGAAGAUGGGAUGAGGUUGGGUUGGUUAGGAAAUUAAUGAGACAUAAAGGUAUCUCAAAGGAGAAGGCAUUUAGUAGGAUUGAAAUGAACAAUGAGGUGCACGUGUUUAUGAUGGCAGAUAGAUAUCAUAAACAAUCAGAUGAAAUAUAUAAAAAGUUGGAUGUGGUAGUCAGUCAACUAAAGCUGGUUGGCUACACACCCAGUACUUCAGGCAUUUUGGUUGAUUUAGAGGAGGAAGAGAAAAAAGAAAUAGUUCUCUGGCAUAGUGAAAAAUUAGCACUGUGCUAUGGGCUAAUUAGUGAGAGAAAAGAAGCAUGCAUUCGUAUAGUUAAAAAUCUGAGAGUAUGUGAGGACUGCCAUUCUUUUAUGAAAUUGGUCUCGAAGGCUUACCAAAUAGAGAUUGUUAUGAGGGAUAGGACUAGGUUUCACCAUUUUAAUGGUGGAAUUUGUUCUUGUAGAGACUAUUGGUAAAUUAUUUCUAUUAGUAAUUGAAUACACUGGCACAAGCUCAUUUCUGGGCUUGCUCUAUAGAUGUUACGGCAUGUACUUGAGCUUGGCCAAGGUUCACUACUAUAAAGUUGAUCAUUAUUUAUAGUUUUGUUGAAAAUUACCAUAGAUUCAUUUGGAUGUUGAUAGUGUCAUUCGUUGAAAAUUUGACCUCGUUAUUUUACAAAUGCCAUGUCCAUCUUGAGCAAUGUCACGAUGCAUAAGAUGAAAUAAUGAUGAAUAAAAUAGUCAAAUGAGGUUGGCUAAAUUAAUAUUUCAGACCCUGUCGAUACUAGUGGCUGAACAAUAACUCCAUGGUGAAUAUAUGAAAAUGGUUGAGGCGGUGAUGGAUGUUAAUGUGAGGAGAGGAGAGGGUGUGGUGGCGUGGUGUUAUACUGUUAUGUUACGCAGCCACCGACAGAGUGUCUUUUCUCUUUCGCUGAGCCUCUGUUUCCUUUUGCAUGCAAUGCAAUGAGGCAUAGCAUGGUUGAUGGUUCUGCUAUUGCCGAUGAUUCUUCCUGGUUCCUACCUCUACAGUCUACAGACACACAUAAAUACGCAUACAAUCCUCUCUCUUUUGCUCCAUCAUCUUGGCUGGCAUGUUAUUCUUCUUCUUCCUCCUCCUGUGGGUUUAUAAGGAGGCAGUGACGAUGUUUUAUGCAAUUGGAGCAGACAUCGAGUGUGGAAGAGUGGUGUGAUGGCGAGGUGACUCUGUGAUGUGGUCGCAGCCACACUCUCUUUCCCACUCUCUUGCCAGACAAUACCUCUAUCUGAGCCUCCUCCUUCAAACCCCCCUUUCUAUUUUCGAUUUCCCCUAAUUUCACCUAUAAUUCCCAUUCUUCUAUUCCAUAAUUUUCUGCCUUUUCUUUCUAAUAUGCUAUUUUGGUUUGUUUGUGAACUGGGACUGGGAAGCUGAGAUAGAUUCAUUAUGGUCACAGUGCAUUUGGUUUAUUUGUAAGUUGGUGGUUCUCAAUCAAGUCAUAAAAAUGCAGAGAAAAAAAAAGGCUCUUGAGGAAUGAACCAUAUUCUCCUUUUUUUUUUCUGCCUAAAGUACCUACUACAAAGUUCUUUGGUUAAUUAUUUUGUUUGAUUGUGUAUAACUUUGUUUUUGGUCACCUCAUGUGUCUCGGCUGCUACAACCAGAUUCCAGUUGAUUUGGGAUUAUUGUUGUGGAUACUUCUUGUAUGUGUUAUCAUGCUUGGUCUCCUCCCUCAUCUCAUGGAAUACACCAACUCAAUUACCUUGCAAAUUCACCAAUUCAGAAGAAUCAGAGUGUAAAAUCUCCCAUCAGGAGGACAACUUUAUGUGGCAUACUGGCAUUAGUUAGAACUUGGAAUUAUUUGUAUUUCUUAUCAAUCGAUUCUCCAUUCUUCCCUUAUACUGUCAUGGUCGAUAUGUGCAAAUUGUAUGUUCCACAACUCGACUUUUAUAUU